AUGGGAGCUAGGGCUAGUGAACCUACAGCUGAUGACAACAUUCAAAUGGCAUCAGCUAUAUCAAAUCAGGAGCUUGUUAAUGCUGGGAUGAAGACAAUGGAUGAAACUGAUCAAGCCAUUGAACGCUCCAAACAGGUUGUCCACCAAACAAUAGAAGUGGGAACCCAAACUGCUACUACCUUGAAAGGCCAAAUUGAGCAAAUGGGUCGUAUUGUUAAUGAAUUGGAUACAUUUCAGUUCUCUAUUAAAAAGGCCUCCCAGCUUGUGAAGGAGAUUGGUAGGCAGGUAUUUUUCCUAAUCACCUUUUCAUUGUUCUAA